AGCGGUUACCUUUGAGAAAAGAAGAGUAAGAGGCAGCUCUCAAGCACAAGCUGCAACUCAUUCAUAGAGAAGCUUUGAUUUUUCUUAUCAAAGAGUUUCUCUUUCUCUAUUUUCUUUUCCUAAAUCCUCUCUCUCUAAUUUAGAAACAGAGAGGAACUGCGUACUCUGCUUUAAAUUGUUGUAAGUUUUGUCCAACAAUGGCUUACCUAGUAUCUUCACCAUUCACUUUACCGUCUUUAAAGCCAGGCCAACUUACUUCAAUCUCGCAAAAGCACAUUUUUCUCCACUCAUUUCUUCCUAAGAAAGCAACAAACCAAUCCAGUUCUAAGUAUUCCAUUAAAGUAAAACGUGCCUCUGUUGGCAAUGGUCUCUUUACACAGACAACACCAGAGGUCCGGAGAAUUGUACCUGAAAAGAGAGAUAAUCUUCCUACUGUAAAAAUUGUCUAUGUAGUUCUUGAAGCCCAGUACCAAUCCUCUAUCACUGCUGCUGUUCAAGCUUUGAAUAAAAAUUCCAACUUUGCUUCAUUUGAAGUUGUUGGGUAUUUGGUCGAGGAGCUUCGUGAUGAAAAUACUUAUAAAACCUUCUGUAAAGAUCUUGAAGAUGCAAAUAUCUUUAUAGGGUCUUUGAUUUUCAUUGAGGAGCUUGCAUUGAAAGUUAAGGCUGCAGUGGAGAAAGAGAGGGACAGGCUUGAUGCAGUUUUGGUCUUCCCUUCAAUGCCGGAGGUAAUGAGGCUUAAUAAGUUGGGUUCUUUUAGUAUGUCACAGUUGGGUCAGUCGAAAAGCCCAUUUUUUCAGUUGUUUAAAAGAAAGAAACAAGGUGCAGGUUUUGCUGAUAGUAUGUUGAAGUUAGUGAGAACAUUGCCUAAGGUUUUAAAGUAUUUGCCUAGUGAUAAGGCUCAAGAUGCUAGGCUUUAUAUAUUGAGUUUACAGUUUUGGCUUGGGGGAUCACCUGAUAACUUACAGAAUUUCUUGAAAAUGAUUUCUGGUUCUUAUGUACCUGCCUUGAAAGGGCAAAGGAUUAAGUAUUCAGACCCAGUUCUGUUCUUGGACAGUGGUAUUUGGCAUCCUUUGGCUCCUUGUAUGUAUGAUGAUGUGAAAGAGUAUUUGAAUUGGUAUGGUACUAGAAGGGAUGCUAGUGAGAAGCUUAAGGGGCCUGAUGCACCAAUCAUAGGGCUGGUUUUGCAAAGGAGUCACAUUGUCACUGGUGACGAGAGUCACUAUGUGGCUGUGAUUAUGGAGUUAGAGGCAAGAGGAGCUAAAGUAAUUCCAAUUUUUGCUGGUGGGCUUGAUUUUUCGGGACCAGUUGAGAAGUUCUUCAUCGAUUCAGUUACAAAGAAACCAAUGGUAAAUUCAGUUGUGUCGCUGACUGGUUUUGCUCUUGUUGGGGGUCCAGCAAGACAGGAUCAUCCCAGGGCUGUUGAGGCGCUGAUGAAGCUUGAUGUUCCUUACAUUGUUGCAUUGCCAUUAGUGUUUCAAACAACGGAGGAAUGGCUGAAUAGUACUUUGGGGCUGCACCCUAUUCAGGUAGCUUUGCAAGUUGCUCUCCCAGAGCUUGAUGGAGGGAUGGAGCCCAUUGUUUUUGCUGGUCGGGAUCCCAGAACUGGGAAAUCACAUGCCCUUCACAAGAGGGUGGAGCAGCUCUGCACCAGGGCAAUUAAAUGGGCUGAGCUGAAAAGAAAAUCAAAGGCAGAGAAGAAAUUAGCAAUCACAGUCUUCAGUUUCCCUCCAGACAAAGGAAAUGUUGGAUCAGCUGCUUACCUCAAUGUCUUUUCCUCAAUUUUUUCGGUCCUAAAAGAACUCAAAAGGGAUGGUUACAAUGUCGAGGGACUUCCGGAGACAUCAGAAGCCUUGAUUGAAGAAGUUAUUCAUGAUAAAGAAGCUCAAUUCAGCAGUCCAAAUCUAAACAUUGCUUACAAAAUGGGUGUCCGAGAAUAUCAAAGCCUAACUCCCUAUGCCACAGCAUUAGAGGAGAACUGGGGAAAACCUCCUGGGAAUUUGAAUUCUGAUGGGGAGAAUCUCUUGGUAUACGGAAAGCAGUAUGGUAAUGUAUUCAUUGGGGUCCAACCCACCUUUGGUUAUGAGGGUGAUCCAAUGAGGCUGCUUUUCUCCAAAUCUGCUAGUCCGCAUCACGGAUUUGCAGCUUACUACUCCUUUGUUGAGAAGAUUUUCAAAGCUGAUUCAGUUCUUCACUUUGGUACCCAUGGUUCACUUGAAUUCAUGCCAGGAAAGCAGGUGGGAAUGAGUGAUGUGUGUUACCCAGAUAGUCUAAUUGGGAAUAUACCCAACGUGUAUUACUAUGCAGCUAAUAACCCAUCCGAAGCAACUAUAGCCAAACGCCGUAGUUAUGCCAAUACCAUAAGUUAUUUGACACCACCGGCUGAAAAUGCAGGGCUGUACAAGGGCCUUAAGCAGUUGAGUGAGCUUAUUUCCUCAUACCAGUCUCUUAAAGACACAGGCCGUGGGCCACAGAUUGUGAGCUCCAUUAUCAGUACGGCUAGGCAAUGCAAUCUCGACAAAGAUGUAGAACUUCCUGAUGAGGGAGUAGAAAUCUCAGCCAAGGAACGUGAUCUUGUGAUUGGAAAAGUAUACUCCAAAAUAAUGGAGAUCGAGUCUCGACUUCUGCCUUGUGGACUGCACAUAAUCGGUGAGCCUCCAUCUGCCUUAGAAGCUGUUGCAACACUGGUAAACAUUGCUGCUCUGGACCGUCCUGAGGAUGAGAUUACAUCACUCCCUUCUAUACUAGCUGAGACUGUUGGAAGAAAUAUAGAGGACAUCUAUAGAGGAAGUGACAAGGGCAUAUUAAAGGAUGUAGAGCUUCUGCGGCAAAUUACUGAGGCAUCACGUGGGGCAAUAGCUGCUUUUGUUGAAAGAACAACUAAUAAGAAGGGUCAAGUUGUUGAUGUGGCUGAUAGGCUUAGCUCUAUUAUCGGAUUUGGCAUUAAUGAACCAUGGGUUCAGUAUUUGUCAAACACAAAAUUUUACAGGGCAGAUAGAGAUAAACUGAGGACAUUGUUUCAAUUCCUAGGAGAGUGUUUAAAGUUGGUUGUAGCUGAUAAUGAGUUGGGCAGCUUGAAACAAGCUUUGGAGGGAAAAUAUGUGGAGCCAGGUCCUGGUGGUGACCCUAUCAGAAACCCAAAAGUGUUGCCAACAGGAAAGAAUAUUCAUGCACUUGACCCACAGGCCAUUCCCACAACAGCAGCACUGCAAAGUGCAAAAGUUGUUGUGGACAGGUUGGUGGAAAGACAGAAGGUUGAUAAUGGAGGCAAGUAUCCUGAGACAGUUGCACUCGUGUUGUGGGGAACUGACAAUAUUAAAACUUAUGGUGAAUCACUAGCCCAGGUUUUGUGGAUGAUUGGGGUUAGGCCUGUGGCUGACACAUUUGGCAGAGUCAACAGGGUUGAGCCAGUUAGUCUUGAAGAACUUGGAAGGCCCAGGAUUGAUGUUGUUGUUAAUUGCUCUGGAGUUUUCAGAGAUCUCUUCAUCAAUCAGAUGAAUCUCCUUGAUCGGGCAGUGAAGAUGGUUGCCGAACUAGAUGAACCACCAGAACAGAAUUAUGUCAGGAAGCAUGCACUAGAACAAGCGAAAGCCCUGGGUAUUGAAGUUCGAGAAGCUGCAACUCGAAUCUUCUCAAAUGCUUCAGGCUCCUACUCCUCAAAUAUAAACCUUGCUGUCGAGAAUUCCUCAUGGAAUGACGAGAAACAACUCCAAGACAUGUACUUGAGCAGGAAGUCUUUUGCCUUUGACUGUGAUGCUCCUGGUGCAGGCAUGACUGAGAAAAGAAAAGUUUUUGAGAUGGCUCUGACCACAGCAGAUGCCACAUUCCAAAAUCUUGACUCCUCAGAAAUCUCACUCACUGAUGUCAGCCAUUACUUCGAUUCAGAUCCAACAAAUUUGGUCCAGAGCUUGAGGAACGAUGGAAAGAAACCUAGUGCAUACAUUGCUGAUACUACCACAGCUAAUGCUCAGGUGCGUACUCUUGCUGAAACCAUGCGGCUCGAUGCACGAACCAAAUUGUUGAACCCCAAGUGGUAUGAGGGAAUGAUGUCAAGUGGGUAUGAGGGUGUUCGAGAAAUUGAGAAGCGCCUUACCAAUACGGUUGGGUGGAGUGCAACUUCAGGCCAAGUUGACAACUGGGUUUAUGAAGAGGCUAACGCUACCUUUAUACAAGACGAGGAGAUGCUGAAAAGGCUCAUAAAAACGAAUCCAAAUUCGUUCAGGAAGUUGGUGCAGACAUUCCUGGAGGCUAAUGGUCGCGGGUACUGGGAAACUUCAGAGGAAAAUAUUGAGAAGUUGAGGCAGCUCUACUCAGAAGUUGAAGACAAGAUUGAAGGAAUCGAUCGAUGAACAAUAAAUGAAGUGUUAAAGUAGUUCCCAGAUUGUAAACAUCAAUUGACACUGAUGAUUAAUCCAAGCCCGCCGACCCCAACACCACCCCCCCUCUCUCUCCUGUAAGAUGAUUGAAUGUAAUGUCAAGGUUGGAAUGUGAAUUUGUUCAUUACGGAAUAUCAGUUUGAAGGUACAGAAUAAAGUCAUGUUAUUGAUGUUCCCCCAUAACCUCACGAAUACAUCAUUAUUUUUACCA